CUUCGAAUGGCGGCCAUAUCUUAAUUCUUGUUAUUGUCGCUGGCUAAACGCUCAGAAGAAUCGAGGAUACAGCUGAAAUGUGAUCGACAACCGAAUCCAUAGCCUACGUUACUGCCGUGAUCCAACUACCAGUUAUCGUCCUCAGUUGCGGAAGAUUACAAGACAUCAAGACGAAACGGAAAUGAAUCUGGAACGUGUACCUAACGAGGAAAAGCUCACCCUUUGCCGAAAAUAUUACCUUGGAGGGUUUGCAUUUCUUCCGUUCUUGUGGCUGGUGAACGUCGUCUGGUUUUUCAAAGAAGCGUUUGUGAAGCCAACAUACAAUGAGCAACCUCUGAUUAAAACAUAUGUAAAGAGAUCAGCACUUGGCUUACUUUUUUGGGUGGCAGUGCUGACAACUUGGAUCACAAUUUUCCAGCACUUGAGAGCAGAGUGGGGAGAAGUGUCGGACUACUUAUCCUUCACCAUCCCUCUUGGUGUGGAGUAAGAGCCCUGAACGCCCUGGAUCCCUAAUCUACUAUCAAAACAGCAUUUCUCUGUGAGGCCUUUAAGACACAAUUACUGAGGACAAAAUCAUUUAUGAAUUCUCACUAACCAUUAACAAUUGGGACCAAUUAUGUAACAAAAUAUGAUUUGACAUGAUUUUAUGAGUUAUAUUAAAAUAGAAUGUGAAUAGACGGUUAUCAAAUUAAAAUCUUGCUAAAUAUAAAAUGUUUUCGUGAUUCAUCAAGCUCUGAUACUGUUUUUCUUUUUACUAUUUUUUUUUUUACUAUCAGUGGAAUCUGAAUAAAGUGUAUUAUCCUGGCUUCAAUAAAUAUUCUGUGAGGAAAGUGUAUUGCA